AUGGCAAUGAACUUGGGGGGCCUGCUUAUUCCUUCUCGUGAUCAACAUAGAACAUAUGAAAGUGUCCACGCCAUCACGAUGGUGGCCUUUACUCAGUCAGUUUCUUCAGAUGAUACAUUCUUUCCCACCUUGGCUUUGUUCAAUGAACUCCCAGGCGGCGGAGGACGCCAUGUAACUAUCUUUGAUCAAUAUCGUCAUGAUCUUAUUGCAACCGUGUUCACCGCAACCACAAAUCCAAAUGACCGGAGGGGCGGGGGGCGGGGGGCGUGCAACAGCACGCCAUCAGAGAGGAAGCGCUCGGGUUGA